CGCCGUUUAAAGAGCACUACUACCGAUAUUUCCGAUGCAUCGAUAUUUUUCCGACAUUUCUAGUUAUUCUAGUUAAAAUUGUGGUUUGAGUGGUGUUACAGCUUCGUAUAUAUUUGUGACCAAAGUUACCUUAAAUUGAACAAUGCCGCUUUUAAUCAAAGAUUUGACGGAUUUGAACAAUCAACUCAAAGAAGCUGGUACUAAGUUAGUUGUAAUUGACUUUUUUGCAACAUGGUGUGGUCCCUGCAAAUUAAUUGCUCCCAGGCUUGAGGAGUUGGCAAAAGAGUACGAAGGAAAAGUUUUAAUACUAAAGGUUGACGUGGAUGAAUGUGAAGACAUAGCAAUGGAGUACAACAUUUCCAGCAUGCCCACGUUUGUAUUUAUUAAAGACCGUAAACAAAUAAAUUCGUUUGCAGGCGCAAAUGGUGAAAAGUUGGCGGAUUUCAUAGCAAAGAAUGUAUAAAUGUAAAUUAUAAAAGUUGUAUAAUUUUUUACUUUUUCAUAAUUUUUCGUUACAUAAACUUCUGUUUUGUAUUAUACUGAUUGUAGCAAAUAUAAAAUAAAAAAUUAUAAGGUAUUUUGCAUAAUAUGUAUA